AUGUUACUGUAUGACCAAGGUCAUUGCAGUGAAAGACAACACUUCUUACAGUUGAUACCCCGGGUCUUGAAGUUGAGUUCAAAUGAAAACAUUUUACACACCAUUCAAGUGAAGACAGAUAUCGAUAAGAAAAGACAAUCAAGUCUUUUGGGAGGAGGUCUCGAGAGGAUUGAGUUCCAGCACAAGAAGGGCAAACUGACAGCUCGGGAACGAAUUGACUUACUAUUAGAUCCCAAGAGUUUCAUUGAAUACGAUAUGUUUGUGGAGCACAAGUGCACUGACUUUGGGAUGGAGGACAUGAAGUAUUCUGGAGACAGUGUAGUGACCGGACAUGGACUCAUCGAUGGCCGCAAAGUUUUUGUCUUCAGUCAAGACUUCACUGUCUUCGGCGGCAGUUUGUCGAGCGCUCACGCCAUGAAGAUUUGCAAAAUCAUGGAUCAGGCCGUCCAAGUGGGCGCUCCAGUCAUAGGUAUUAAUGACUCGGGAGGCGCUCGUAUUCAAGAGGGAGUCGAUUCUCUGGCCGGUUAUGCAGAUAUAUUCUUACGCAAUGUCCAGUCCUCAGGAGUUGUGCCGCAAAUAUCAGUCAUAAUGGGUCCGUGCGCUGGAGGGGCUGUGUAUUCGCCAGCGUUGACUGACUUCGUAUUUAUGGUUAGAGACACCUCUUAUCUGUUCAUCACUGGACCCGAUGUCGUCAAAGCCGUAACUAAUGAGGACGUGACUCAAGAAGAACUGGGAGGCGCUAAGACUCACACUUCGGUGUCGGGUGUGGCGCACAGGGCUUUCGACAACGACGUCGAUAUGAUUCUACAGCUCCGCAAGUUCUACAGCUUUCUUCCGCUUUCGAGUGCAGAUCCCGCGCCCAUCAGACAGUCGGACGACAAAUGGGAUAGAAUUGUUGAGAGUUUGGAUACUGUUGUUCCCUUGGAAUCGUCUUCGGCUUAUAAUAUGCUGGACAUUGUCUUAGCCAUUGUUGAUGAAAAUGACUUCUUCGAGAUAAUGCCCGACUAUUCCAAGAAUCUAUUGAUAGGAUUCGCGCGAAUGAAUGGCGAGACGGUUGGCAUAGUAGGCAAUAACCCUAAAUAUGCGGCCGGGUGUCUCGACAUCAACUCCUCUGUAAAAGGCGCCCGUUUUGUGCGCUUUUGCGAUGCAUUCAAUAUUCCCAUCAUUACAUUCGUUGACGUCCCCGGCUUCCUCCCGGGAACGGCUCAAGAAUACGGGGGAAUCAUAAGACACGGCGCGAAGCUAUUGUAUGCCUUCGCGGAGGCAAAUGUGCCCAAAAUCACAGUCAUUACCCGCAAAGCCUAUGGCGGGGCCUAUGAUGUCAUGAGCUCUAAGCACCUAAAGGCGGACGUCAACUACGCCUGGCCUACAGCCGAGAUCGCUGUCAUGGGAGCCAAGGGCGCCGUCUCUAUACUAUACCGGGGAAAGGCUGACACUCAGCAAUACGAGCGCCAAUACAUCGAUAAGUUUGGAAAUCCAUUCCCCGCUGCCGUCAGAGGUUUUGUGGACGACAUUAUCGAUCCUCGGACUACGCGAAUGAGAAUCUGCAGAGAUUUGAAUCUCUUGAGGAAUAAAAAGGUGUCGAACCCUAACAAAAAACACGGAAAUAUUCCACUUUAAUGGCC